AUGCGAAAAGGUUUUAAAGUGAAGAAUGAUGCUGUCCGUGUUGCCCUUAUUGAACUACUUGUAGAGAAGCGUGUGCGAUUUCUAGAGUACUUGAGUGAAUUACACCGAGACGAGGUGCUGUGGAUGGGUACUGUUCGCCUAACACGGCAGGAUGUUGUGAAGUACUUCAGUGGUAAUAAUAACAGCGGCGGCCAUCGCGGGGAAAAUAAUUCUGUGGUCUAUCGCCUGCCAACAGCUCCACCAGUAACAGAGGAAGCGUUAUUGACUAAAGAAGAAGUAAACACAGAGGAUAUUAUGGUAAAAGUGAAGUCUAUUCCUGGUUUACCGCAAACAGUUGGUUCUUCUUGGUUAUCUGCACAUAUACCAUGUUACUUGUGUCUUGCACUUUCACUUGCCGAUAUAUUACGAGUAGAACUUUCGAGAAGAAAAUUUAUUGAGUGUUUGUAUGCACUCUUAUUAGAAAUGGAUGUGCGAUUUGCAGGUGGUACAGCAGCAAAGGCUAUUGCCCAGCUUAACCUUCGUAAUUAUCGUCAGCAACAACAACAAAUGCAUCUUGUAGAAUCUUUGUCUUCUCUUGGUGCUAAUAAUAGCGGCAAUGCUAGCAGUACCUCGUCUGUUUCUUUUGCCGGUGGUGGCGGUGGUAGUAGUAGUAGUAAUAAUAAUAGUAGCAGUGGUGCGUUUCUACAUGGAGUAUGGGAUGCGGAAAAUCAAGUAAAAUAUUACUAUUUAAAUCUUGAGCAUCUCGCGUACAUGAAGGCGACGGAUGUACGAUAUGAAGAUUUGUUUAUUCCUCUCUGUUCGCAUCUUAUAUUAGCAUACAAACGUUUCAGCGACUAUGAUAUGACAAAUAGUGAGGAGAGUGCGAAGCGUGUUUUAUCCAUUGAUCGUCGCCUACAACAGUUAUUCUUUACUGUUAUUAGCAAAGAACUCGAAAAGAUUGCACGGGGCAAACUACUACAACAGACAUUAUUGCUUUCAACAGACGGUCUUUUUGCGGGAUUAGGAGGUACGCGUGGUAACGCACAAUCCCUUUUGCAGGAUCUUCUUGGCCGGACUGAGAGUAGCACUAUUUCGACUGUAGUGACAACGAACAGCAGCGGUGGGGGAAAUAAAGGCGAUAACAAGGUUAAUGCAGCUGAGGCUUUUUCCAUUGAUUCAGAUGAGGAAGAGGAAGAAGAAGAAGAGGGGUUGUGA